AAAAAAACUUCCAAUCUCCUGCCUACAAAUUUCUCUGUGUUCAUCUAAUAUCGAAAUUUUUUUUGCUUGUUUGUUUGUUUCAAGAAAAUGCAAGAAAUCAAUGAUUUUUAUCGUUACUCCAUGACCAUUGAUAAUUACAAAAUUUCCACCAAUGAUUUUACGCGUGAUAUACUUGUCACCGUAUUUGAUAAACAAAAUUGUUUUCGUAUAGAAAGAGGUAAAAAACAUAGGUAUAAUGGCAAUGCUAUAUCACGAUAUAUGACAAAAGUGAAACUUGUGCUGGAUAAUGAAGAAAAGACUGAUAGAAUCGCACGAGAAUGGUCCCUUUAUCAUCAAAAUGCUAAUUUUUUUAGCAUACAUUCUAAUGAUGAUAAUCUUCAUGUCCAUUAUGAACGUCCAUGGAUCGGUUCGUUCGAAUGGACGGACAAUUGUGGAGAAAAUUUACAAAUUGUCAUGUCUAUUAAAUGGCAUUUAUCAUCUUUUCAAUUUUGUCGUUUUAAUGAUCCAAAGAAUGAUGAUGAUAAGAUAUCAUCCAGAAAUUUGAAAUGUCGACCAUUGGAAUGUACCCACACAUAUCAUCGUACAUUGCAUAUUAUCUUUGAAACAUAUUAUUUCGGCGCAUGUGGAUCAUUGUCAUUAAUUGAUCGAUGUUCAGCUGAUAUUCUAAUUCUUUAUUUUAAUUCAUCGGUAAUUUAUGAUUUAAAACGUGGUUUUUUUGACCCAUUUUGUCAAAAAAAUCAACUGUACAAAUUCAAAACAUUUGAUUCCAAUUUUUGCCAAUACAAUUAUGAUGGUACAAGUAAAUUAUCAUCAAUGUUGGCAUUAUAUUCAUCAACAAAAUUAGAAAAAAUCCCACAAAGCCAUAAUGCUUUUGAUUUUAAUGAAAAUCAUUACGCCGAUAGCGUCAAUAUGAUAAACGCUCAAUUCACUACACGAAUUAUAACCGGUGUUGAAUCACGCCGAUGUUUGAAUUCAAAAGAUACAAUUAUUGCCGAUUACGUACACACGCCGAAUGAGGGUAUUGAAUUGGAAUUUGAAACAGUUUUUCUACAAUAUCAGGAAAUAAUUGAAAUUGUCAUUGAAAUUGAAAUUUGUGAUAAACAAUUUAAUCGAAUGAAUAUUAAAAAUGAUGUUUACAAAUAUUUGGCUACACAUCCAGAAGAACGUUCGAAAUUUUUACAAAUUUUACCCAAUAGAACCAGAUUCAAUGAUCAACUCAUUGAUUAUACACAAAUGAAUUGUGAUCCAUUUGUUGUGUCAUUAUUAUAUGUUCCUAGUGGUAAAAUUAUGAAUUCAAAUAAUAUGGAAAAAAUUUAUGCCACAAUUGGAUUCACUUGUACAAAAGCUGAUUUACGACGAAUAUUCGAUAAUGCAAGAAAUGGACGUUAUAAUUUUAAUUAUCAUAAUAAUAAUAAUAAUACUGUAUCGUCUAUUGAAUUUAAAAACGAAAAACAACAACCAUUAGAGUUGACUAUUCAUGUCACUUAUAAAUCAUUUCAAUUUGGUUCCAUAUUAAGCGAACAAUUUAAGAAGAUAGCAAAACAUGAAUCCGGUUUUUUAUUAUUCGAUGCUAUAAUCGAGGAUCGUCUUUUUGUUCAUGCAUCAAAUGUAUUGCCACUGGAAUCGAAAAAAUCACAAUCCAUAAAUCAUCACCAGAAUGAUAAUACUGAUCAACUAAAAGUAUUUAAAACUGAUUUGAUUUUUCAUGUAAAAAAUAAAAUAGAACAUCAUUUAAUGUUGGAUGGCGUGCGGAUUAAAUUGGAAAAUUCAAAUCAAUUUAUUGUAAAACAAAAAAAUCAUCUAUUUCGAUUAGAUAUUGGUACCAAUUAUACUUGUAAAAAAAAUCCAAAUUCCGAUAUUCUUCAAUUUACACAUUAUCCAAAUUUUAAAUUAAUUAGAAAUUGUGUUAAAAAAUCCAAGAUUGAAAAUGAUGAAUCAUUAAUUGUUAAAUCAAAUUGUCCACUUGAAAAGGAAUCAUCAUUCGAACAGCAGCAGGAGGAUCAAUAUCAUUCAUACUCAAAUCAUAUCAAUAAUCAUGAUGAUGAUGAUGAUGAUGAUACUGAUAAUGAUGAUUAUGAUCAACAACAAUUAUUGAUGAAUGAUUCGAAUACAGUUUCUUCAACAACAAUUGAAACACCACCGAUUACUACAACGAAAAUAAUGAAAAAAGUUUUGACAUCAAAUAAUUGUAUACAACAACAACAACAACAACAUGGUGGUGGACAUACGGUUGAUGGAAAUCAAUUAAAUUUAAACAUCGGUAAAAAAAGGGCAAGAAAAUUACGAAUUGAUAAACCUAAUUCAUUAAUCACACUCAAACAAUAUCCAUGUGGAAUAGUGGAUGAUAACAAAUCAGAAGAACUAUCUAAUGAUCGGCCAAAUACUCAAUUGAUUGAUACCAACAGUAUUGGACAAAAACGAAGAAGACAAAGAAGUUCAUCAUUAUCAUCAUCACCAUCUAUUACUGAACGUGAAGAUUCUGAUGAUUGAUCUGACACACUACUACUGUGUAUAUUACGAUAAAUUAUGAUUUCAUUUUCUUGUUGACUUUUCUUUUUUUUUAUAGUUUACACACACACACACACACACACACACACAAAAACAUUUUGAUGUUUGUUCCGUUUCAAUGUUUGUGAUAUUUGACAAUGUGUUCAGCAUUCUAUUAAUGCCAUUUUAUUUAGUUUUUUUUCUUAAUUUAAAAAAUGUGUUUUUGUCAUCAAAAAAAAUAAAUUGAUUGUCAGU